UGCAUUGUGAGUUUAAAUCUGCAGUAAACCCGUUUGUUUAGACGCGGCUUUAUAAAUUUAACGAUGCUAAUUUAAGUCUUGUUUAAUCUGAAAUUACUGGACGGAAAAUUUGCCUCUCUCUUACAUGUUGCUAAGUUUCUGUCUUCUCAUUUGGAUUUUCCCAACUAUCCCUCCCGUCUUUGAAGAAGCAGCCCUGGUCAAGAGGAAGAAACUCGUAGCUUUUAAAUAUACAAUGCAAAGUCGUGACUGUCGCAGUUAAUUACUAAAACCAUUUUCACCAAUAAAAUAGUAAAAUGCCAAUAUUUGAUGGGCUGGGAAGUGGAGGAGAGAAGACAGCGAUUGUGAUUGAUUUGGGAGCGGCAUACACAAAAUGCGGCUUUGCAGGGGAAACGGGGCCCAGGUUCAUAAUUCCGAGCGAGAUCCGGAAACCGGGGCAGCAACAGGCCACCAAAGUGGUCCAGUACAACAUCAACACAGAAGAGCUUUAUGCCAUCCUCAAAGAAUUUAUCCACAUAUUGUACUUCAGGCACCUGUUGGUGAACCCUCGCGACAGAAGAGUGGUGAUCAUCGAGUCCAUCCUUUGCCCAUCCCACUUCAGGGAGACCCUCACCAAGGUCUUCUUCAAACAGUUUGAGGUGCCGUCUGUGCUGUUUGCUCCCAAUCACCUCAUGGCCAUCAUGACUUUAGGCAUCAACUCUGCACUAGUGAUGGACUGUGGAUACACAGAGACACUGGUGCUGCCUAUUUAUGAGUGUACUCCGAUCCUGCCAGCCUGGGAGGCUUUGCCUCUUGGAGGGAAAGCCAUUCAUAAAGAAUUAGAUGGAUUUCUUGCGGAGCAGUGCACCGUAGACACAGACACCACCACUGGGCAGAGCGUGCCAGCUGCCAUUGGAACUAUCCCAGAAGAAACGGUGGAGGACAUAAAGGUCAGAACAUGUUUUGUCAGCGACCUGCAGAGAGGCCUCAAGGUCCAGGCGGCCAAAUUUAACUUGGAUGGUACAGCAGAGCGUCCGGCCCCGCCUCCAGAUGUUGAUUAUCCUCUGGAUGGAGAGAAAAUCCUGCAUGUCAAAGGGUCUAUUAGGGACUCAGUGAUGGAGAUCCUGUUUGAGCAGGACAAUGAAGAGAAAAGUGUGGCGUCUCUGAUCCUCGAUGCUCUUGUGAAGUGCCCUAUUGACACUCGUAAAGUGCUUUCCGAGAACCUGGUGGUGAUCGGAGGCACAGCCAUGCUUCCCGGCUUCCUGCAUCGCCUGCUGGCUGAGAUACGCCUCCUGGUGGAGAAACCAAAGUAUAGCAACGUGCUGGCUAGCAAGAACUUCCGCAUCCACUCCCCACCUGCAAAGCCCAACUGCACCGCAUGGCUCGGAGGUGCCAUUUUUGGGGCCCUUCAGGAUAUUCUAGGCAGCAGGUCAGUGUCCCGGGACUACUACAACCAGACUGGACGCAUCCCAGACUGGUGCUGCUUGAGCUCCCCUCCUCCUGAGUCUUUCUAUGAAGCAGGGAAGACCCCUCCUCCACUGAUGAAGAGAGCUUACUCUAUGGAAAAGUAAAACAAAGUCAGCUAGUUUAUCACAGAACAGUUCAGUAACCUUUUACAUAACAUCUCCAUGCUUUUUCAGAAUAACAUGUUGACUUCACAAACAGCCAUUUGAAUGUCAGCUAUGUAAUAUUAAAGACUAAAAAUAUGUA